UCAUAAACAACUUCAAUGUCGACGUGUGCGCGAUUUUUCUUCGAUGUACCACUGUCCUUAGACAAGUUGGGAUUCGGUGGAGUCGCUUUGGGAAACGGAGCUGUGGAGCCAAUCCAGCCAAAUGUGGCUUUCGACAUCGCCAGUUUGGUGCUAUACGGUUGUCAGGCUCUGCCUAUAAGGCUCAAGAUUUUGUUGGACCGAUUGUUCAGUGUACUUCGGCAAGACGAAGUGUCAGCCGUACUCAGAGGGUUCGGAUGGACACACGAAGACUACGCCAGGGGUUAUAUACUUCAGGAACCACUUGGUGGCGGAAUUUUAGAACGUUGGAACAUAUGUAGUCCGGAAGAAGAGCCACUAGUGCUGCAACAGUUUUUAAGAUUCGGUGAAACCCGAGCGGUUACGCAGCAGUUGCUUUUGCACGGCCUGGGCGCUGACUUUCGGGCUUUGCCAGCCCUAGAGACAGACAUGAAACGGUUAAUGGAACGUCAAAAACAGCAGUUGAGCAACGACCACAAAUCUGGUUAUGAAAUGAAAUUCCGGCCACGAACUCCUCCUCAGUCAAUACCACCACUACCUCUAACGCAGCUUUCACAACGCCGGCCGGUUGGAAGUUGUCCACCGUCGCCGCCAAGACCCUCGUUUGGGUUUGUUAAGCCACCUAGUGGACUUCCACAGCUACAACCGCCGCCACCUCCUAGUAAUGCAUGCAACGGAGCUGGCUCUCCGCCGGUGAGCAGCCCCACCAGCAGCGUAUCGCCACUCAACAAACUUCAAAACAUGCAACCUUUCGAUUUUCGUAAGAUGCAAUCGGCAGCCGCUGGGUUUGUCGGUAACAAGCCUUUGUCAACCUCUUCAGAUCGACGAUCUAACAACUCUUCGUCGGACCUCUUACCUCCUCCUCCGCGUCCUAGCCAACAACAACAGCAGCAGCAGCAGCAGCAACAGCAACAACAACAACAACAACAGCAACAACAACAACAACAACAACAACAACAACCACAGCAGCAGCAACAACAACAAAACGACUUCAACAACAAGUUCGGACCGCCCGAUAGCUUAGCUGGCAGUAGUGAAUUCGGGUCGGAAGAUGGUGACGAGGAAGAGGAAAACUCGCAAAGUGCGCUGAACCUGAGCAAAGACAGCGCUCCUAAAGCGUUACGACCCCAUCGAGGCCACGUGCGAAAGACUCCGCUGCCGCUCAAAAGGCAAUGGGGUUCGGCUGGACUUCCGUUGAAUUUGGGCACACAACUUAUCAAUCCGGCCACUGGGAAGAAGCGGGUGCAAUGCAACGUGUGCCUGAAGACUUUCUGUGACAAGGGAGCACUGAAGAUACACUUUUCCGCCGUCCACCUACGUGAAAUGCACAAAUGCACGGUGGAAGGGUGCAACAUGAUGUUCAGCUCAAGAAGGUCGCGCAACCGGCACAGCGCCAACCCCAACCCUAAGCUGCAUUCGCCGCACCUGCGCCGGAAGAUCUCACCGCACGACGGCCGCAGCUCGCAAGCACACCAUCCUAUGGUCAUCACGCCACUACAGGCUUCCGCCAUGAACCAACUAGCGUUCGGUGCGUUCCCUCUGUUGACCGGUGGCACGGAUAUGCGAGCGGUCGGCUCGAAACACAGCUCCGCGUCCGGGCUGCACCUAGCCGAAGAGCUGCGCCGGUCCGCGGAAUUCUCGUCGGACAACAUGGACGAGUACAUGGACGACGAGGAAGACGGCAUUGUAGUGGAUGGGAACGCGGUGGAUGACGACGAGGACGAUUCGGAACAUCGGAGUGACCGGAGCUGCAAACGCAUGUCCGAGGAAUCGGAAGACGAUGCUGGCAGCACGGUGGUCGAAGCGCAACACCACCAUCACAACAACAACAACAACGAGAAUAACAACAACGACAACAACAACGAUCGGCCGCCCGUGGUGGCCAUCAAGAACGUGCAUAAACGCAAGAGCAUGAACCCGACUAGAUUCGCUGCCGCGGCCGACCUGAGCGACGAGGGUAUGUCGUGCACGGACGACGGUUCCGCCGCUUCGCCCAAGGACAACAACAACGAAGUGGUGGCUGCUUCCGAGAAGCGGAGUGCGGACGAGGACGACGGGUGCUUGAAUCUGAGUAGGAAACGGUCAUCGUCCAGCCCCGUAGCGGUCGGCGACAGGCGUUCAGCAAGCGGUGGUGAUGGAGGCGGCGGUACAGGCAGCGGGUCCAGAGACUCGCUAUUGUCGGAAGAAGACGACGGGCUGCUGGAGGAAGAGGACGCGGACGACGAUCUUGAUGACUUGGAUCUGGAUGACGAAGAUGAAGACGACUUGGACGAUUGCGAUUCGGACAGCGACGGGAAUCAUCGAGUGUACGGCAUUGUCGAGAACGGUCGGUUCGUCAAAAUGGACGAAGUGCCCGUGGACAAGGAUAAUCCUCACGCAUGCGCAGCGUGCGGCAAGACAUUCCCCAACCACUUUGGCGUCAAGGCGCACUACCAGAACGUGCACAUGAAAAUCAUGCACAAGUGCGUGGUAGACGGCUGCAACGCCACGUUCCCGUCCAAACGCAGCCGGGAUCGGCACAGCUCCAACCUGAACCUGCACCGGAAACUGCUGUCAACGUCGUCACCCUCCACGUCCACGGAACCGUCCGGGCAACAACAACAACAACAGCAGCAGCAGCAACCGGCCGCUGCGCCCACGCAGAAGCCACACCAUCCUCCGCCGGUGCCGCAGCCGCAGCCGCAGCAAGGUCCUCCGCCGCCGCCACCGUCGUCGGCUAACCUGAUGGCCGCGGUCGCGGACAGCCCGUACAUGCACGCCGAGUUCCUGGCUCGGCUGUACGCGGACUCGCAGCAGUUCCAGGCGCUGGCCGGCGGCAACGGGCUGAUGCAGGUCCCGCCGCAGUUCGCGGCCGGCGCAGUCGGCUCGCCGUUCCGGCACCUGCCUGCCGCGGCUGCUAUGGCCAUGGCCGCGGCCGCGGUCAACGGCGGCGGCGGCCGGCUGGUGUACUCGGCCGACGAGGACCUGCCGCCAGUGCCGGACAAGGAGAAUGGCAUGUACGCGUGCCGGUUCUGCGGUAAAUCGUUCCCGGACAAGAACGGUAUGCGCGAGCACUACGAGCAGCUGCACAUGCACGAGAUGCACAGGUGUAAGGUGCCCGGCUGCGGCAUGGUGUUCAGCUCGCGGACCAAGCGCAACGCGCACGCGGAGAACAGUCACCGACCGUCGCUGUCCGGGACCGGCGUGCAAGCAGCCGCUACCUCGUGACCUCGAGCCCAUCGUCAUCAGCAGCACCACCAUCAUCAUCACCACCACGGACCGCAGCGAUUUCCCGUGCCGCCGCCGUGGUGGUGGUAAUGACUACUGCCGUGCGCACGGGCCAACCGUCGGCUAACUCUUCUCCCGUCGAACACCGACAUUACCGUUCGUCGUGCAUUAUUGUAAUAUUAUAUAUCAUUAUUAUUAUUAUUAUGAAUAUUAUUAUUAUCAUCAUCAUCAUCAUCAUCAUCAUCAUCGAACGCAGUCGUCCCACCCUCUGUCUACCGAAGCAUAUCCCAUCGUCGUCCCUCUACCCCGCAGUAAUGGGUGCGUUUAGCGUGCGCUAGAAAAUUCGCAGACCGGUAACGUGUUGAGUGUACUGCAAUUGUUGUACUUUCAAAUAUCCGGGCUUACUGCAUACACCACCACUACUACUACUACUACUACCCCUACCUUCGGCCUACCCCCUAGCGCACACGGUUUUUUGUUUUUUUUUUUUCGUUUUUUUUUUUGAACUUUCGUUUUGGUGCUUAUACCGAUUACGUUUUAUAUUGUACAUUUAUAUAUGUACGUAUUAUAUAUGUAUUGUCAAUCGGUAUGUGUGUACGUACGUGAAUAUUAUCUACACGUCCAACAACCGCCUCCCUAGCCCUCUACACUCUUCCCGUUCGUUUUACGAAGCCAAUUUUUAUUAUAUAUACGUAUACGAUACACGAAAAUAUGUGAUUCAUUUUUGUUAAUGUAUUUAUUAUUAUUAUUAUUAUUAUUAUUAUUAUUAUUAUUACGAUAGAUAUUAUUAUAGACGAUUUUAUUGUCGGUUCUUUUAUCGGCGUCGUAGUGUAUAUUUAUAAUAUAUUAAAUCGAUGGGAUGUAUAAUAUAUAAUAACUAUAUUUAUCAUUUAGUAAAUUAGUAGAGAAAACCACGCGUAAAUAAUACGAACUAUUAAUUUUAAUAUAUAUACCUAUUAAUUGUGUUUUUUUUUUACAUAAGUUGUGUUUAAAUAUAUUUAUGUAUAAUAUGUAUUCUUAUAUUUAUAUAUGUAUACUUACGUCUGCAUUAUGAUGAAUCUAGUAAAAUAUUCUCAUGUAAAUAUAUGCGUAGGAAUAAAUUAGUAGUUUUUUUUUAGAUACGUUAUUUGUACGGCAAGUUAUAACAAAAGUUUAUAGUGAGUUUUUAAAAAUAUUAUUACUGUAAAUAAAAUAUGUUUCUCGUUUUUUUUUUUGCGCGUUAUACGUUGCGCAAUCGUCGUGUCGUGCGUGUAAAUAUAUUAUAUAAAGCACGUCAUAGACAUAUUAUAUAUAUAUUUAUAUAUUUGACAAAAAAAUUGUAAGUUAUACAUACGUAAUAUAUUGUUUUGUGUAUGACACGCGUGAGCAUCUCUCUCGACUUAAUCAAAAAGAAAAAUUUUAAAUAAAAUAAAAAAAUUUAAACUAAAAAAAAUAAAGGUUCUGUUCUAUAA